AUGCCAACCUUGACCCCGCACAUACCAGUACCACGACCAUCAUACUCCCAGACCAGAGAAAACCUGGUUAAGGCUAUCCCUCCAAAGCUCCUCUGUCUGCUGGCCUGUGGAGGACCGGACUGCCGCUAUGAAGGACCAGAGUGCUGGAAACUGAAUCAGCAAGUCAUCAGAGGUGUUUUCUCUUCAUGGUGAGACCCGGUGGCAGCUGUCUGAAGAGGUCACUUUCUUUGUUUUAGGCCAAAUCAAGGACCCUUGUUUGUUUUCUGAUUAGAAAUGUCUUUAUUUACAGGGUGACAGAUGACAUUAUUGCCAUGGCGCGACCAUCUAAUCGACUUAUUGAGAAGUACAACAUAAUAGAGCAGUUUCAGAGGUAAUCAGUGGUCAAUAUUACACCUACAAUUACGAGCUUUUUUCAAAAGAUGUGAAAGGAUUGGGGCUGUCUUUAGUGCAAAAAGGGUCAAAUAAGGGUAUGAAGUCUGAUCUUAUUUUUUACAGUAAUCAAACACUUGUGUAAAUGUGCUGACUUGUGCUAUAUAUAUAUAUAUAUUACACUUGAACACUCUUGUCUACUGGAUGUAUGAUUUUUUUUCCAGGUUGAACAUCAGAUCCAUUAUUAACAUGCAGCUGCCAGGUGAGCACGCUCACUGUGGACCACCCCUUGACCCUCAGAGCGGUUUCACAUAUACUCCACAGAUCUUCAUGGACAAUGACAGUAAGAUCUUGGUACAGCAAACUUGAAAUGUCAAAUCAGGUAUUUCGUCCAUUUACAAUUUAAAAUGGAGUAUUUCCCCUUUUAAAUCUGUACCUUUCAUCAAGCAGUGUAUAUGAUUGAGCAUUAGCAGUUUAGGUUUGAUAAAAAUGAUGAGGGCUCAAAUGUUUUGCAGACAAGGAGGAUCUAUCACUUUACACCAUGUUCUGUAUAGCAGUCGUAGCUCAGUAGUGAAACACUGGUGGUAUUGGUAACUAUGACUACUUUUUCUGUUCCUGUUAGUUAUUCUUGUAUGUUUGUAUUUGUUUAUUUGCAGUUUACUUUUACAACUUUGGGAUGCCAGAUUUUGGUGUGUCCUCCCUUGUUGUAUUAGUUGAUGCUGUGAAGGUUUUGGCCUUUGCUGUGAAGGAGGGGAGAGUGGGUGUGCACUGCCAUGCAGGACUGGGUAGGACAGGUAGGAGUAAACAAGCAUCCAGUGUCUUCUGUAAUGCUGUGUUGUAUACACUCACAUGUAUACAUUCAGAGUGUUUACCUCCCUCCUGUCCCUGUCACGUUCUUGAUGCCAAACAGGAGUACUGAUAGCCUGUUAUCUGAUCUACAUGCUACGCAUCAGCCCGAGUGAGGCCGUCCAUUACGUGCGGAUCAAAAGACCACGGUCUAUCCAGACCCGGGCUCAGAUUAGUCAAGUGUUUGACUUUGCUCGACUGAUUAGCUCCCAGCUGGUCCAAUAUCCAGACCUCAGCCUGCGGCAUGGGGUCUCUUUCACCCUGCAGCACUACCUAAACCGACAGGCAUGGCUGCUUCAUGGCCAGGAGGCGCGGACCCUCAGACACACACCAAAGGUUAGGUUUGAUCGUCAUGUUAACUAGAUCACGUUACUGCCUUCUCCUCUUUGACCUUCUAGAUCCUAUCUAUAGGUGGUGUAUCUCCUGUUAGUGCGUCUCUCCUGCCUGGCCCUGGGUCCACCUGCUCCUCCAGAGGUUGUCGCUGAGCUGGAAAAAAAGUCAGCACUAAGAUCCCUGGGCAGGAUGGUGAGGGAGACCCUAACAGCCAAACAGUACCUGCCCUUACUGGAGGAGGGUCAUAAAAGCUCAUGGGUGGACACAGAUUCAGUUUCCUCCUGGGACCAGCCUCUUGGGUUCUUGGAGAGGAGGGGAGAUGUAGUAUUGUACAAACGCAGCUUUAGUGACUCUGAUCUCAGCAAGAGGAUAGAAAACAAGGUACAGUUUUGCAUCUUUUAUCCAGCAGCAUAUCAAGCUCACAAAGUCUCCAAAUCAAACUGCUUAUUGAUGCUCUGCUGUCUUUGCUGCAUUCUGCCUUUAAAGCAUCUAGAGAGGAGUUUUUUCUUCAGCUCAGCACUUAGGAAUGAGGAACACAGGUGUGUGAAGGAUCUGAUUCAACCUGGUCUGAGAUCAGCUUACCCGAUCCAUUCAUCAGGACACCAAGCCACCAGAAAGGAAUCUGAUGAACCCAACCUCCCACAAUCAAAAAUGACUUGGAGCAGAAACUACACCAAACUGUCCACCAGCAUGGCUCAAAAGGCACUGACCAAAUCCAGCUCGAACAUAGAGGUAACUGUGAUUCUUGAAGAGUUGAUGAUUAUCAAAACUUUGAUGCAUGCAUUAAAAAGUUUACAAAGUCUGCUUAUAAAGUUGUGCAGAAACUCAGGUAACCCAGGCCCAACCGUUGUCGCCCGUGCCGUUGCUAAGGCGAUGUCAGACCAAACUCCUCCAGGAGAAAAUGUCCUGCAAAGAUCGGCUCUGCUGCAGGUAAAAUUAUUAACCCAUUUUACAUCUGGUGAUACAAGAGUAUGAGUUUAAACUCUGCAGUCACAGAAUUAAUCCUGUUACCGCUUCAACAGGAGGAGCUGAACAGCAGUGACAGCGGCUGGGCUCUGCUGGUCACAGAAUCAGAUCCUCAUGUCCUCAGUUGUCUGUUGUGGACAUGGUUGGACAGGUUAAGGGUCAGUGGUAUCAACAUGAAACAAUUAGAUAUUUUGGCUAUGUGUUGGGGUUGUGCACUAAAUAGAUAGUGUUAUUUUAUUAUUUCAAUUGACACCCCCCAUAUUUGCAUAACAUCUUCCACUUAUUUCUAAAUCUGUCUCUCCAUCCUGAUCCAGGAGCCUGUUUUGAGUGCAGAGGAUGUAGUCAGGUUGAGUAAUGGAGCAAACAACAGGAAGCCUCUCAGUGUGCUGAAGAAGGUAAGAAAAUAGAUUAAGAUUUACAGUAAUAUUAGAGGAAAUUUUGUUCUCUAAACCCCUUUAAUAGAUACUGAAAAUGUUUUUUUUAUUCCAGGCACAGAGACAUACCAUCUACUGUCUGCUGGGCUGUGUGAGGACAGUCAGCAGCCUGUGUCCACACAGAGAGGAUGCCCUGCUCUCAAGACUGAUGAGGACACUGACCAGGGUAAGACUACUGUCUACUAUCAGUGACUGAUAAUCCGGUUAUGUUCAGGUCUUGGUGUGUUUACAUAUUUCAUCAUAAACAAAUGAGCAUCAAGGUGUUAAGUUUUGUUCUACUGUGUUUUUGUGGAACUACCAGCGCCCCCAAGAAGAAAUGGAAAGCCUUGGGAUCUUGAUGAAAGUCUUGAAGGUGACUUUGAGUGAACUGUACCACAACUAUGGAAACUUGACCAGGACCUGCAGCACCAAUGUCUCUCCUUGA